AUGCGCAACAAUAAAUCGCCUUCUUUCAAAUUUUCACGAAAGGCCUCGUCGAGCUACUCGCUGAAAUUGGAUCCGCCGGGCAAGGGCAAGGUGAAGGCCAAGCGAAAGCCGCUCAGCACUCCCGCGUCGCCGUCGCGCGUGCGCCAAGAGCCCCAAUGCACCUGCAUGUCCGCCGAGCAGUAUGCGCGCCUGAGAACCGAUCCACGUGUUAGAGGUUCAUCCACUUUGCCGCGUAACGUCGGCUCACACCGAAUCACCGAUGUCGAUGGCCAGCAGCAGGGCAAGGUUGUGAGCGCCGUUAGCAGCACUUCACUGUACGACAAUGUGGCCAGCGGUGGUCCAGGAGGUGAUACACUACAACGACAGCUAAAGGGACAAGAUGGAGGCGCUGGCGUCAAUACCAAUACUCCGGGUGUUAUUGUAACCGGCGUGGGCAACAACGGCGGCGAUAUGUGCGGACAGAAUCAUGUGGGAUCGCAGGUGGGGCCAGACGACUCUGGCGUCUGCCAAAUGGAUAUGGAUCUGUCGAAGAACGAGGGCACUCAGGUGGGCGGCGGCCACGUUGGCACCGCCAGCAAAUCAACCGGCACACGCACCAAGGAUUUUAACGAUGACAUGACACGCGAGGCGCACUCGCACGACAUGCACCACCAGCACAACGUAAUCAACAACAACACACGACGCAAGACCAAAAGCACCGAGGACAUGAACGUCGAUACGAGCACACUGAAGCGCAUGCUAAAGCCGAUGCCCAGCACCGAGAGCCCGGUAACAUCUUCACAUGAAAUCGGACGCGGUUAUCCGCCGCGUAAUCUCUACUUGGAAUUGGAACGCGAGCGUGGAGCGCAGAUGGAAUUGAAGCUCGCCACUCGGAUAACGUAUGUUUGUAAUCAAAUGCUAUGCCACAACGCCCGCAGCAGCAAUGGCAACUCUGAUCAGGAUCAAUCGUAUGGCCAGCAGCAGCAGCAGCAACAACAACAGCAACAGCAGCAACAGUCGCAUGGCCCGCAUCCACAUCCGCGUGGCUCGCGCCAUCAGCAUCAUCAGCAUCAGCAGGCGCCCAAUGUUACGCCCACUCCAGGCAGCCCCACCUCGCGGCUGCUCAUGGAGUACGAGAUGCACUUGCGCAAUACACUCGCCAAGGGCAUGGACGCCGAGUCCUACAGUCUGCACACCUUCGAGGCGCUGCUGUCGCAGAGCAUGGAAAAUCUGGAAUUCGCUGAAAGCCUGCCAGGAUCAACCCAGCGCAGCCCAUAUCCACUACGUAGGCCCAAUGCCAAAUCUUCGACAUUGCCAUUGCCACCACAUCGCCCCUUAUCCACUAUACGCGAUAAGGAACGCGAUAGAGAUCGCGAUGGUUACUACAGCGAUCGCAAUGAAUUGAUACGCGAACGUGAGCGUGAGCGAGAUCGUGGCUAUCUAUCGGAUCACAAUGCUAGCUUCUCCAAUUCGCGUUGUGCCAGCUGCAUUGGUGAAUCGGCACGUGCUCAGUGGUUUCGUCACUCGGAUGGCUGGCGCUCUGGCAGCUCCACAAUUGGCUCUGGCUCUGGCCACGGCAUAAUGACUCAGCAAAUGCAAGGUGGCGGUCAUAAGCGUUCACCCUGGGACUCGUUGCCAUCGCUGCGUCAGGACAGCAGCCUCAAUGAUUCGGGCUACAAGAGCGCACGCGCUGAUUCACUUGAGCAGCGUGCGGAGUUUAUACGUCAGGACAGUUUGCGUUCGGAGUACUUAAGCGAUCGCGAGUCACGCUAUGGAAUUGUUCAGCAGGCAUCUAUCGAAAGCACCGAUUCGCGCAUGUGCUAUCUCACAUCGUCUGAGGUAAGUUUCGAAUGCAAUUUGCUUUUAUUUACUUGAGCGCAAUCAGAUAUAAGCAAAG